UAUACUGUGCGUUGUCGUCUGACUGGCCCGAUUCGCAGAGCAGAGAAGAUGGAUGAAGAUAACGAUAACGAAAUGGAUGAAAAUGGCUUUUUGCCGCCAAGUACUUACUACUUUGACACCCAAUAUACGACAACUUUCAUUUUGAUGUUCAUUGUGAUUGCACUUCUUCUCAGUUUGGUUGCCUUUCUCAUCUCUGUGAUCAUCAAAAAGAGAAUUCAAGCACAACCAAAGCAUCGGUUCAGAAAGCGAGAUAAAGUGAUGUUUUAUGGCAGAAAAAUGCUGAGAAAGGUCAAAUCAAUAUCAGGACCAGUGUACACAGUGCACAGAAAGAUGAGGAAGAGAAAAGAAUAUAUGGACCUUGCAAAAACUAUAAGAGGUAUCCUACAGAAUACAGAUAGUGACAGGAGACCGAUGCUUCAAGUCAAGGAACCUCCUCCCGCCAUCUUGGAAGCGGACUUUAGAGAGUUACAGCUCCCUCCAGAGUUUAGGAUCCCAACAGAAGUCCUCUACAUGCUUAAAAACAUCAGAGUUUUUGGUCACUUUGAGAGACCACUAUUCCUGGAGCUGAGUAGAUCUGUAGAGAGUAAGUUCCUUCCAGCUGGAGCCUAUCUAUUUCAGAGGGGUCAACCAGAUGAUAGCAUCUUUGUUGUGCAGUGUGGCCGUCUUCUUGUCUAUAUUACAGAACCCGAUGGGUCUGAGUAUGAGGUCAAAGAGGUCACACAAGGUGAUAGUGUACACAGUCUACUGAGUGUAUUGGAUGUCAUCACAGGCUAUUCUGCACCAUACAAGACUGUGUCAUGCAAAGCGGCCGAGGAUACCACCGUGUUGAGACUACCCGCUGUGGCAUUCCAGGCGGUGUUUGAGCAGUAUCCCGAGUCUAUGGUUAGAGUUGUACAGAUGAUGAUGAUCCGUCUUCAGCGAGUGACCUUCCUCACCCUUCAAAACCUGUUAGGUUUAGAUGCUGAGCUCAUCAACCCAGACAACAUAAGCAGCAAGUCUUUAGCCAUCCAUGCACUGAAUAGCAAAGCAAGCAGUCCAACCAAGAGACAGACAUCGGUCAUGACUGCGGGUACAGCAGCAGCAGUAGCAGGAGCAUCCAGUUCAGUUCAUUCAACCAGCAGUGUUGAGACAGUCAUGAGAGUCAGUAUCGCGGAAGAGUCUACCGACGUCUUCAAGUCAGCUGAAGAAAGUGAUGGAGAUCCCACUCAGAGGGGGAGGUCAGGAUCCAUUAAUGGACCUUCAGGUCGUGUGUUGGGUCCCAUCAGCAAUUAUCGAAGAGCGACCUCACUUGACGUAGAUGAUACAGGUCGUCUUAGCAUGAGUACAUCUGACUUUGAAGCUGCAGCUGGAAGGGCGAGGGUCACUGGAUUAGAUGAAACAAAACCACUGAGACAGAUUUCCUUGGAGAAUGCCGCUACUGCUUCUGCUGGUGGAUCACUCACCAAACCAGGAGGACGGAGGAGAGAUCUGAGCCUUGAUGGAGUCAGUGAGAAACCGUCUGAAGAAAAGAAAGAAUACACCGAAGAUGAAAUCUUGGAGAUGGCCAAGAGAGAUCUCAUGACCCUCUUUGGACUUCCGGAUACCUCCUUACUUGACCAUCAGAUAGCAUUAUCUCACAUCCCAGGGGGCAGUGUAGUGGUCAGAGAAGGUGACCAGGAAACCAACCUAAUGUUUUUAUUGAAAGGGACAUUCCUGAUGCUACAGACAGAUGAGAUAACUGAGAAAGAACGGACAGUGUUUGUGGUCAGUCCUGGUGAGAUGAUCGGUGAGUUGGCCGUACUGACCGGAGAACCGGCUUUGUUCACCGUCAAAGCAAGGCAGGACUGCUGUGUGAUUGCGAUCAGCAAGACAAGAUUCUACAGUAUUAUGAGAGAAUAUCCCCAGGUUGUACUGAAAGUUGGCCAUCAGGUCGUCAAGAAACUGUCAUCCUUUGUGAGACAAACUGACUUUGCAUUAGAUUGGAUGCAGCUUGAAGCCGGUAAAGCAGUGUAUCGGCAAGGUGACCAAUCACAGUGCACGUACAUCGUCUUGAACGGCCGUCUGAGGUCAGUGGUUCAGCUUCCGUCCGGUAAGAAGGAACUGAUGGGUGAGUUCGGUCGCGGUGAGAUCGUAGGGAUUGUAGAAGUGUUAACGCUGAAGGAGAGAGUCACGACGGUCCAUGCCAUCAGAGACACCGAGUUAGCCAAGCUACCCACGGGGAUGCUGAACCUCAUCAAGAGGAAAUACCCUCACACUGUGACCCGACUGAUCGAGAUCCUAGGUCAAAGGUUAUUAGGUCAGGUUGAAGAAAAGAUGGGCGCUACCAAGAUAGCAGCGGAAGAGAGAAGGAAUACAGUGGAGAACCUUUCCACCGUGGCUCUGAUUCCUGGAUCUGAUGAUGUACCCCUGGCCAGGUUUGCUCUGGAGUUGACACAUUCACUCAGUGCAGUAGGUUCUGUUUUGAGGUUAACCAAGGAGCACAUUCUUCAAACAUUAGGAGGUUCUGCACUUGACAGUGUCCAUGAGUAUCGUUUGACCAGUUGGCUUGGUCAGCAGGAGGACCUUCAUAGGAUUGUUAUCUAUCAGGCGGACAAGAGAAUGACCACAUGGACACAGAGAUGCAUCAGACAGGCUGAUUGUAUAUUGAUUGUAGCUCUUGCUGAUAGAGACCCAAACAAUGUAAGUGAGAUGGAAACACAACUAGAAGCUCUAGCUGUCAGAGCACAGAAGGAACUCAUCCUGCUACACAGAGAAAAGGAUGGGGUAUAUAAGCCACCUAGUGGAACAGCUGAGUGGCUCAACGCCCGCGGAUGGUGUGUAUCUCACCAUCACAUCCGAUGCCCGAAGAGAAUGUUCAGUAAGCGUUCUCCUGCCAGGGUUCGGGAGACCUACGACCGUCUAUUUGACACCAAGGCUGAUAGCAGGUCUGACUUCUCUCGGCUAGCUCGCUUCUUGACGGGUACUUCGAUUGGUUUGGUCCUUGGAGGUGGCGGAGCAAGGGGCAUAUCCCAGCUGGGGAUCAUCAAGGCAAUGGAGGAAUAUGGCAUCCCUAUCGACAUUGUGGGCGGGGUCAGCAUCGGCGCCCUCAACUCCGCACUCUACGCCGAAGAUGUCAACAGCACCAUCAUGGAGAAGAGACUGACGGCAUUCUGCAAGGAUUUCGGGUCUCUGUGGAAAAGGGUCAUCGACCUCACCUACCCGGCCACUGCCAUGUUCACAGGUCACAACUUUAACAAGAGCAUAAGUGACCUGUUUGGGGAUAAACAGAUUGAGGACCUAUGGCUGCCAUACUUUACCAUCUCAACGGAUAUCACCAAAUAUGCACUCAGAAUACACACCAGUGGUUCUCUGUGGCGCUAUGUCAGGGCAAGCAUGUCCCUGUCAGGGUACUUACCUCCUCUGUGUGACCCCAAAGAUGGUCAUCUCUUACUGGACGGUGGCUACGUCAACAACCUUCCUGCCGACAUCAUGCGAGCUAUGGGAGUACCUACUAUCUUAGCCAUUGACGUAGGAAGCGAGGAUACCUCUAGCAUCACAAACUAUGGUGAUGAGCUCUCGGGUUGGUGGCUCCUUUGGAAGAGAUGGAACCCAUGGGCCGAACCAGUCAGGGUGCCAAGUCUUGAUGAGAUCCAGUCCCGCCUAGCCUAUGUGUCCUCUAUGAAGAUGCUGGAAGAGGUCAAGGAUAGCUCGUACUGUGAAUAUAUCAGACCACCAAUCAAUAACUUUGCUACAUUAGCCUUCCACCGUCAUCGUGAGAUCUUAGAGGUUGGUUACCAUCACGGCGUUACUGUGUUCAGUGGAUGGAAGAAGUCUGGUUACCUCCAAGCAUUCCUCUCAGAGAAGUCAUCUACCCAUCACAAAAGAGGAAAGCCUGGUACACCCAAUGUGCAUCCUCGUUUCACUGACCUAGCAGCACUGGUCACUCGGAUGGAACCUCAGAAACAAGCCAUUCCAGAUCCAGAUGAAGUUGAUUAUGCCAGAGUGGAAGGCACAGGUGAUACUGAUGUCGGCAUGGAAACAGACGGCAUCGGGACGGAAUCUGCUUCGGAGAUGAACCCCUCAUCGGAACUUAACACUGCCACGAACAGCGAGACUGUGACGCGGUCCGCCUCAGCUCCGAGUACGGUCAUCGGGAGCGCUGAUAUCUCCAGUGAUGAUGAUGUUGAGAUUGAAGUCGAUGCCUCAGGGUCGACCCAUAGUUCAAUUAGGAAGAAAGUGGAAGGACUCCGGCUACGCAGACAUCGCAGUGAGAGCUCCCCUUCAGAGUAGAAUGGAAAUGUUCUGAAUAUUAUCCAUGUUAGACUGCCCUGAUGUUUCUGAAGGAAUGUGAACACUCACAGUGGUACUUACUAUGAGGGGAUGCAACACUUUCCAUGGAGGAAUGUCAACACCCACAGUAGAGGAAUGUGAACACCCAUCAUAAGAGAAAGUGAACACUCCCUCACAAAGAAUGUGAGCACUCCCUGUAGAGGAAGGUGAACACUGCCUUUGGAGGAAUUUGAACACUCCCAUGCUGUGUAACUUGGUGUCCCAGAGGCAAAACUUCCCUCAGAGCAGAAUUGAAUGUGUGCCGUUUGAUCUCUGUACAGGCGCUUCGAUUCCAAUAUAAGAAACAUUAAUGAGAAAAUGUUAAUUCUAUAGAAUUUGCUGUAUGUUGAAGAGUAAUAUAUCCUUUGAGUUCUAAAGUGGACAUUUUCAUGUGACUAGUGAAUGAUUCAUGUAAUGUCAUACAGAUAUGAUGUGUGCUUAUUAUAAUCACUCUAAAAGUAUAUCUGUUACAUUAAAGUUCUAUGUCUCCCUUCCUACAUGCAAUAAUUCUUUAUUUCCUUAACAAUAAUGAUAAUGGCCAGUUGUAUAGCGCUCACAUCCGUCAUGUUUGGAUGCUCACGACACUUUGACAUUAAUAUUUUGUAACAUAAAGCAAUGUCGAACUAUUUGGUUUUGUAUUUUGUAGAACAGAUUUGUGUAGUCCCAUCCACUUUGAAACACGUAGCUUAACGAACAUCAUUGCAAUGCCGUCAAGGCUCAGCUAAAUUGAGAUUUGAUCAAGUGCAGUGACCUGAGUUCGCAAAGAUGUUUGUGACCACGAUACUUUGAAUAUAAGUAUGUAUAAAUGACAUGCCCAAAUAGUUCCUUAGGAAGCUAGGUAGUUAUUAUUAAGAAGUUUAUUUCUUUCGAGAUGAAGGCAUGUCUAGAAGUCAACAGUGCCUAGGUUGAAAAUAUUACAAAAAUACUUUGUUACAAGAUGGAUGGGAAAUUGAGAUUAUGUUUAUAAUGAACUUUUUAACAACAUUCACCCCCCCCCCCCUGCAAUCCCCAAGAAAAAGGAUGAAUUUUCCUUAAAACAUUUUUACUGUUCGCUACACGUGCAUACAGAUUUUUUUAAUUCUUGAUUAAGGGUUACAAAGAGUCAUUGCUUACUUUGGUGCUACUACACAUGUCUGUGUAUUUGAGUUUUCUGGCAUUCUUUUCAGGUGUGUGAAGUUUCCUGUUUAAAAAUGUCUGUAUAUUUGUACACUGAUAUUGUAAAGACACGUUUUGCCUUUAUAAAGUGCAUUGCUAAUUUAAGCACUGAAUCCAUAGGAUCUGUAGUGUACCGUCAGAUACCAUGAUUGCAAAGAUGAAAUUGCAUUGUGAAGGUAUUAUUACCUGGUAAGUGUGUCAUAAAGCUGUUUGUAGGUCGCAAAUGACUUUACUGGUGAUUCUUUCUUGUACAAAAUAAUAUAUCCCUAUGUAGCUGACUUAGCUUCUACAGGUAAGAACAUGUUCAAGUUUUGUGUAAAGUCGUGUGUAACUUUGCAACACAGUUUCAUGGGAUACCAUCGGUAUCAUCUAUAAAAUUCUUGUGUCAAUUGAAAUCUGUUGUUUCAGGUUCAGAACCUGCUUGUAGCCACAACUAACUACCUUCAAAGACACUACAAGGGAUGACCAGACACUUCAGCGAUAUUUUAAAUCGCUCGAUUUCGCCUAUGGGGAAGGGCGCCCAACAGCAUUGAGUAUUAAAAGUAAAACAUCACACUUCGGCAGGUGGCUGUGUAUGGGGAAAAUGAGUGAGGGGGUUUGGCAGAGGGCACAAGGGCAGUGCAUGUGAAUAAUUCCAUGUUUUCUUUCCCAGAAACCUCUAAUAUAUAUUCAUCUCUAAUUUCAGAAAAAAAAACCUGAAAUUUUUUUUUUAAAUGUAAAAUUUGUCUAUUCCUUCACCCCUCCAAACAUAUCCCUCUUAUGGUUUGUACACUACCUGAGAAAAGUGAUACGCGAAGGUCAAAUUAGUAAUAUAUCUCUCUGGCGAAGGUCUACGUACUCAAAGCUCUAGGGCGCUCUUCCCGAGCGUGUCAUUAUCCACUCAUUAACUGUCCAGUCUUCCUUAUGUUGUGUCUUUGCUACCUUGUCUCUACAAUGAUAAUCAAUAAGUUCAUCUUAAGCCCUGGAAUCCUGGAUUAAAAUUGGAUUUAUACUACUGCCUUCAUAGGGGUGUUCUGUCCGAAAGCAACAGAGGAAGAAGACAAGGAAGGAAAGUACAAACAAUUGUCGGUACAACUGCAAAGAAGAUGCAACAUUUGCUCUUUUUUACACACGCAUUUAGCUGAAAUAUAUGAAUAUUAAAUAGGGUAUGAUGGACCACCCUAUAGUAUCCUUCAAGUAUAUGCAUUUUGUGUGGGAUAUUUGUGUUACAUUAUUUUCAAUAAUGUUUUAUUUUGGGGCUUUUCAUGGAGAUUAUAUAUUUGUCUAGAUUUAUUGGUUUGAUUUGAAUAUUUUGAACUGAAAUUGAAAUGCUGUGAUUUUUUUUGCUGUAAAGAAUAGCAAAAUGUAUAAACUUGCCCUUCUACUUAUUUGGAUAAAGAAAGGUGUGAUACUUGUAUUAUACUCUGGGAUGUAUAGAAAUCUGACUUGUUUGAUGUCAUGCAAAUUUGGUCCUUGGCACUCUUUCAAUAAUACCACUUUCAUACUAACAGCCGAAGUGGAGUUACUCCGGAGUCCAGAAGGAGUGACUCCACUUUGGAGGGCAUUAUGAAAAUUCUAAGAUUAUUUCGAUCCUUAUUCAAGGAAGAGUACUCAACCCACUUUGAGAACAGGGUUACAAACAGAGUUAAAGUCCGCAUCGGAAGUGCGGUAUUGUCUAUCUCCUCUUUCCGCAUGGGGGAGAUUCCGCAUGCCACACGUAUGGCGUGAACUCGCUUGGUAACCAUGGAAAUGACUGCGGAUACACCGCUGCGGAACUUGCCAGUUUGAAAGUGGUGCAAUGUCGGUCCGCAGUACAAGCUUAAUUAACCCAAUCCGGAAUUACUCCAGAUUAAUUCCACUUCGCCUUCAGUAUGAAAACACACUAAGAGAAUCACUGGUCAUUUUCCAGAGAUGUAAACUUUCUCCCUUUCUACAAUAUUUUGUACUGUUGUCGGUUUUGCCUAAAUGUUUGUUGAGUUGACAAACAAUAUUUUAUCAAAUUGAUUCUAUAUAUUGUAGAAAAUAAUUACUGUUAUAAGCAGCAACAUAAAUGCAAAAAUUUAUCAUCAAUUCAGCAUAGCUUACUUUAAUAAGUGAAAGUCUGGUUUUCAGUAAUUUGUAACCUUUGGGGCUUGUUGCAGAGAGAGGUACAAUCAAAGACAACUCAAAAAAUCAUUCACAACUUGAUUUACAACCAAUUGAAAGCAUGUAUUAUGGACUUGUGAUUGAUAUUUUUUAGUUGAAUUAAACACCACUCUUUCUGCAACAGGAUCCUGGGCUAAUCUUACAGAGUUGCAAUGGAUUUAAAUCAAACUCAAAGUGAGAUUGAUCACUAUUCAUAUCUCAGAAUAAUGCAAAUUAGGAUUAAUCUCAUUUCGAUUCAAAUUUUUCACAACUCGUUCAAAUACCAGUCACAGGUGAAGAAAUAUAAUAUUUGCUAUGGUUACUUUAUUAUCGAUGCACAUAAGCCGUUUUAUAAAACUAAAGAUUGAUAACAUACUGGAUUCCGCAGGAGUGGUUUUUCGGUCAACUUUGAUUAGUCCUUGGACUAAGAAAAGUGGAUAGAGGUAGAAGUGAAUCGGAGAGUCGAGAAAGUGGAAGGUUUUACUCUUUUUGAAAAAGAAUUAAGAAAUUCCAUGACAAAUUUGCUGUCCAAUGAGGCAAUUACAUGGCAUUAUUUGUGAACUUUAUGACAGUUCCAACAUCUUUCCAAGUUUUAAGAAACUGGUCCUAACUACAAAGAGUCCAAUAGCCCAAAGGUUUGCAAAUUAAUGGUUAAUUAUUAAUCAUGUAAUAACAAUGGCCAAGUGAAAUUAUUAAAAAAUGUUAAUGCUUAUUCAGACCACCUACUUUUCGCUAAUCAGAUUCAUUGUUUUAUUUAUCUGUUGCAAAUAUUCUUUGUAAACUUUUGUCAGAUGAUUCAGGAGGAUUUUUUUAUGAUCUUUUUUAUAAUCCUUGCCAUUAAUUUUUCGAUCAUUUUCUGUUGAAAUUAUACUUAUAUAUAAUUAAUAGAUUCUGUAUAAUUUAUUUGUAUAUCCUUUAAAAUAGUCUAAAAGAUUACUUUCUUACCUAUAAUUGUAUAUUUUUCUCUAUCCACUUUCUUGUCUUAUUUAUGUUGUCAUCUACUCAAUGAAAUGUCUUCUCUUCUCUCUUCCGAUGUUAUAAUAUUUGAGAGCAUAUCACAAAUAUUUAUUUCGUCAAUGUUCGUGUAAUAAUUUGCAAUUGAAGUACAAGUGUCUGUGUAUUGUAAUGUGAUGUGCUGAGCUUCCUGUUUCAUGUAUAUCUGAUGCAAAUAAUCUGAAAGAAUAAAUGUUCUUAAAAUCUU